UUCUUUACCGUCAUCGGAUGCGCAUCCGAUAUGCCACGAGUUUUUUUGUUACCUCACCGUCAAUUCCUAUACCGUCAUGGAUGCCACGAGCUUUGUUCGCGUUGUAAAGGUUUCGGGGAUACGACUAAUGCAUGCGAGCACCGUCGGCGGAACCCCAGCGCCCGCCCUCUCGAUCUAUCCGUGGGCCGCGCCACUAGACUGUCAGCGCUCACGGACUCCGGACCUCCAGACCUUAGAGACCGAGCUUUUCUUUACCUUACAAUUACUGUAUACUCGGCGCCUCACUUAUAUGUGUUGUUUUUUUCACAUACAUUGUUCUCGUGGUUUACGGAAAAGUAGGCCUAAAAUGUUAUAGUGUCUAAAAACAAUAUUCAGUUAAUGGAAUUACACUUUUUUCCAUUACUGCUUGCUUGAUAUUGCCCUAACAACUUUUUCAUGAAUCAAUUUUGAGCAUUAUGUUUACAACGUAGUUAUUAUAGCACGAAUUAUGAGUCUAAAAUGCCAAAUACUUGCAACUAUUAUGUUAAUCACUGAAAUCUUAGUGUACUAAUUGCUCGCUAUAAGCUAGGUUAUUGCGCCCCUAAACCAACGUACUGACAACGCUACCUCCCCGGAACUCAAACUUUAACAUAUCUGAUCUAUGAUGUCAACCCAGGUGAAGGAUUUAAUUUGAGGAGGGAUGUCUACCUCAGGAUGUCAAUUCUAGUCAAGAAUUUAAACAAGGAUGAACCAUGGACAUUGGUUGUGCCUCCAUGGAAUAGAUUGUACCAUUGGCAAUCACGAGACAUUGAACAAAACAGUCUACCUUGGUCUUCCUUCUUUGAAAUGGAAAGCUUUAAUCGCCAUGUACCUGUGAUAGAAUUUGAAGAGUUCAAUAAAAUUUCCAAUGGUGUGAUAGAUGAACUGUACUAUCUGCAGCAUUAUAAAGAAGGCUGGGGCAAGGAUUGGGAAGAAAAAAUGCAUGAAAGACCAUGCAUAGAUAGACAAUAUUAUAAACAGGACAAGUCGGGCAGAUGGCACGGUUACUUCUGGGAUUAUCACAAAGUCUAUGCAAAAAUAUUCCAAUGUAUAUCCAUCCAAGGCCAUGCCAGUUUUAUCAUUCCAUUCCUACAGAAAAAUACAACUGGGCGGUCUGUCUUUAUCAACCGAGCAGAAAGCCUUCUCCAUGAUACGUUUGGGGGUAAAGACUAUUGGGAAGGGCGUAGGAGCAUGAGGUUUGCAAAACACCUACGAGAAGUUGGAGACAAGUUCCGGUCAGAUUAUCUUGAUUCAACUGAUGAGAAAGAUAAUACUGUACUUGACCCAGAUUGGAGAAACAUGCGGAGGAAACACGGUGAUGCCAAGGGAGGGCCCUACAUCGGUGUCCACCUGAGGAGGGCGGACUUCUUGAGAGUGCGGGAAAAUGAGGUGCCAUCGAUACAGGGGGCCGCGAAAACCCUAAAGAAGUUACUCAAGGAAUACAAGCUGAAAAAGGUUUUUAUAGCAACGGAUGGCACACGAGAAGAAUAUUCAGAACUUAAAAAGGAUUUAAAAGAUUACGAAGUCUUCCGCUAUCAACCAACCGAGUCUGAACUCCAACAGUACAAAGAUGGUGGAGUUGCCAUCAUCGACCAGUGGAUUUGUGCACAUGCAAGGUAUUCUAUUGGCAGCCAUGAAUCCACUUUCUCCUUUCGAAUUCAAGACGAGCGAGAAAUCCUUGGCUUCCUGUCAAAAACGUCAUUCAACCGUUUCUGCCCCGAUGAUAAAAACGAGUGUGAGCAGCCCGCUAAAUGGACUAUUGUCUACUAGUUAAAGGAGCAACAUUUUAGUCUUACGGAAGUAGCAAUUGAGUAUUUGGUGCAAUUAUUGGUGGAAGUGUGCUGUUUUCGUUAUCUGAAGCUGACGAACUAAGUGGCUGUAUUCUUAUCUGUUACGUCUACUGACUAUGGACAUUUUCUGGUACAUCGUGCGCAUACUCAACCAGAUCUUGCCAGGUAGUAUUGUGACAAUGACUCCAGUAUCAACUAGAUAUAUGCCUUUUCUACUUAUUUUCCAUGACCAUGGCAUGCAUGAUAUUGAUGACUAUAAAUACUCACGUUAUGGUCUUCCUUGAUCAGAGUUCCUUUUAGUUUAGUGUUGGCUAAUAACCACACAAGUAAUUUUGAGUAGCUUUACAUGACUUACAUCCUAGUAAGAUAGCUUUGGUGAGAUGUGAUCUCCUGUGCAUCAUCGUUGUAAUGAGGGAAAUAAAAUC